AUGUGUAGUGCGUUAUUCAGCGCAAACUCAACGGGUGGUGAAAUUUUUGAUCCCGAAUCGCGGUCACUCUGUGCAGGUGUUGGCUGUAUCCUCACCGGUAAGGAUCUCGAUACAGCAGCGAGCUGUGCGAUUAUGUUUGGAUGGGCCGUAAAAUUACAAUGCUGGGCGCCUGAUUUCAAUCUAUCGACACUUUUUCGCACAUGA